AGCAGGAAUAACUGGCGGUUUGGUGGCUAUUGCUCAGUAAAUUCCCACACUCUGGACAGACCUGCACAGAACAAGACAGUGCACCAGACACACAGAAGCCAAUGGCCAUCGUGUUGGGUUUUCACUGGGCAUCACUCAUUGUAGUUGGUGAAACGCGCGCCCUAUCAGAAGAUCUGAAACUAACCACUAGAAUCACAGUGGUGAUUGAAACCGGGGAUCGAUUGCCUUUGCUCUUCGGUUGCUCUUCGGACCCUUUCAAUCAACGAUGGCGAAGCCAAGCCUACGAUUACAUAUUCCGCAGUCCAACGUUCCACUAUCCGGUCCCCAUUAAUGUGACCUUGUCAUUCUGACUCGGAAUCUGCAUAGCACCGGCACCCACAGUCAUCGAUAUCCGCACCCUUGCUCGGUCACCGCACACCGCAAGUACUGAUCAUAGGUUUCGUAUACUCAAGACUCAAGCACAACACUUAAUGCUUAUCUAUGGCUUCGAAGGAGGCUACAUACUAUGUGUAUGUACAAUGACAGUACAAGUCACUGCUUGAAUUCAC